AUGGCAAAGUUUCGAGUUUCGAGCCAGUUGGAAGUCAGGACUGUUGGGGCUGUGUAUCGGACCUUGCUGCUGGAAACCACAGGCAACAAAAACAACUCGCAAAACCUCAAGUCACGAGCUUCCCCAGCGCCCCAGGCCAAAGAAGAACGGCAGUGCCCCAUGCCAUGGCCAAAGCUCCUCGACUCAGAGCCUCAGGGCCACAGAGCUCCAGGCAGGCCACCAGGCCACACCAAGGCAGCAGCAGCAGCUCCAUUUUCCCAAGCAGAAAAGCCCCGGCUCUGGAUGCCAGAGCGAGGCCAAAGUGGAGCUGUCGGAGGUGGCCGCUGGGCCUAUAAGCAGCAGCGCUUACCUUGUAUGGUGAGCGGUGGCCGUGCCAUGCAAAGUCCUAGUUGA